CUCUUCGUUUCUCUUUCCAGCCAACUUUCCGAGAAAACUUAGGACCCGAAAAAACUCUCCACGAAAGACUUUUGCUUAAUCAUCAAGCCAUGACUAUCACCAUCGCAAAAUACGACCUCGACUCACCGGAACUCCGCGAGCUCUACGACGUGACAUUCUUCGACGAGGAGAUCGAAACGCUAGUAACUAACAGAGCCUCCAUGGUCACCGCUUGGAUCGGAAACACCGAAUCCAUCCACCGCCGCAGACUCCACAAGCUCGUCGUCGGCCUUGACAUCGAGUGGUGUCCCAACACCCGCCCCGGCUCUUCCAACCCCGUCGCCACACUCCAGCUCUGCGUCGGCCGAUCUUGCCUCAUCAUCCAGCUCCUCUACGCGCGCAAAAUCCCGAAAUCCCUCAUCGAUUUCCUCGCCGAUGACGACUACACUUUCGUCGGAGUCGGAAUCGAAGGCGACGUCGAAAAGCUUGAGGACGAUUACGGCCUGGAGGUCUCGAAUGUGGUGGAUCUUAGGGUCUUGGCUAGGGCGAGGUUCGGGAAAGUUGUUCCCAGGAAUGUGGGGCUUAGAGAAUUGGCUGCGCAGGUGCUUGGGACGGAGUUCGCGAAGCCGAAGAAGAUCACGAUGAGUCGGUGGGAUAAGGCGUGGCUUAGCCCUGCUCAGGUCACGUAUGCUUGUGUUGAUGCUUUUGUUUCUUUCGAGAUUGGAAGAAUCCUCAAGGCAUGGAAGUUUGAGGAUUAAUUUCCGUAAUUUUCAUAAGGCCUUAUUAUUAUUAUAUUAAACAGUUUUCUUGUGGUUUGUGAAGUUCUCAGACUGCUCUUAUUAUUGUAUGUAUGUGCUUGCUCUUCUUUUCUGAGAAAAUGUGUUAAUUAACGAUGUUUUUUGAAAAAACGUUUUGUAGAACACGUUUUGGAACGGAAUUUGCUUUC